CCCCUUCUGAUGGGAGCAGCUGAGGGUCAUUCAUUCACGCAGUCGGUGGAGUUGAAAUAAUUCAGAGGAGUCAGCUAAUGAUGAUCCGAUGAAAACUUCAUGUUCCUGACGGAGAGGCCGAGGAGCGGACACAGCCAUGGCGAGGUCAAAGGCGAAGGUGUACACUUGUUGCGCACUGAUGCUGCUCUGCUUGGUGGCUGUGAUUGUGUGUGUCGCUGUACUCGCGAGGCACAAGUGUCCAGAUGACACGUUCUCACGAGCAGCAGUGGCUGCAGAUUCUAGGAGGUGUUCAGAAAUCGGACGAGACAUCCUCCAAAGAGGCGGCUCGGCGGUAGAUGGCGCCAUUGCUGCGCUGCUGUGCACGUCCAUCAUGAACCCGCAGAGCAUGGGCCUCGGAGGGGGUGCCAUUUUCACCGUGAUGGACAGCUCUGGUAAAGUGAAAGUCAUCAACUCCAGAGAGACCGCACCCACAAAGGUGAAACCAGACCUGCUGAAGUCAUGUCCCCACGCCUUCAAGAUGGUGACAGGUACCCAGUGGGCCGGUGUCCCGGGGGAGCUGCGAGGUUAUGAAAUGGCACACAAGCUUUAUGGGAAGCUGCCGUGGGCCACUCUCUUCCAGCCGACCAUCCAACUGGCCAGAGAAGGGUUUCCCAUUCCUCCCAUUCAAGGUCGAUACAUCUCAUACUCUGACACAAAUGAGACUCAGGCUCUGCGAAGGUUAUUUUCAGAUGAGAAAGGGAAUCUGCUGAAGACCGGCGACGUGGUGAAGUUUGAGAAACUGGCCGACACUUUGGAAGUGAUCGCAAAUGAGGGGGCCGACGCCUUUUAUUCCGGGAGAAUAGCCGAGGAUUUAAUCCGUGACAUCCAGGAGGCAGGAGGAACCAUCACGCUGCAGGACUUGGAGUCGUACAGCGUUACAGUGACUGAUGCGUGGGCUUUUCCUCUGGGAGAGUACCAGAUGUACAUCCCCCCACCGCCUGCAGGAGGAAUCAUCCUCAGCUUCAUCCUCAACAUCAUGAAAGAAUUUUACUUGAAUUCAGAAUCCCUGAGCGACGACCAGAAGACGCUGUUUUAUCACCGCUACAUCGAAGCCUUUAAAUUUGCCAAUGGAUUGAAGAAGCAUGUCCGGGACCCUCAGUUCAGCUCAGAAAAAAUGGCGAAACAAUUCACCCAGGAUGGCUUUGCCAGCCGCAUACGGAGCCUGAUCAGCAGCAACACGACUCAUGAUCCCCAGUAUUACAACAUCACCCCACAUCUGGACAGCAUGGGCACCACGCAUGUGUCGGUGCUGGCAGAGGACGGAUCGGCCGUGUCCGUCACCAGCACCAUCAACCACAUAUUUGGCUCCAGGAUCUUAUCUCCAAGGACUGGAGUCAUCCUCAACAAUGAGCUGUAUGACUUCUGUUGGAAAGUUGAGAACAUCUUUCCUGGGGAGCAGCCUCCGUCUUCCAUGGCCCCCGCUGUGCUGAAGUCUCAGUCAAAGCUGCUGGUGAUCGGAUCCACCGGCGGGGGAAUGAUCACCACGGGGAUGGCCUCUGCGAUCAUGAACCAUCUUUGGUUUGGGAAGAGUCUUAAGGAGGCCAUCAGUGCUCCUGUUGUUUACGUCGACCCUCAAAAUGCCGUUAAGUUUGAGCCCAGCUUUGAUAAGGACAUAAUUGAGGCUCUUAUAGCACUGGGACACAAUCAUCAAGCAGCAAAGAAGUUUUACAACGUUGUUAAUGCUGUAGAGAAACAGGACGGCUGUAUCCGUGCGUGGUCAGAUGCUAGGAAAAUGGGUGAACCAGCCGGUUACUGAGCCCGUGAGUCAAUAAUUCUGGAUUUUUACAGGUCAGCCCGAAGGUUACAGAGACCUUCUUUCAGCUGUGAACCCACAAAAUGUGCAGCAGAUGGUGUUUGCCCUGCUGGAAAAUCAUUGAACAAAACACAAAAUAACAGGCUCCUCCAGCUGCACAUCUGCAAUAAUGCUGAGCACCUGGUCUCCAACAGAACGGACUGUAACCGUGACAUGAUGGAUUUUGCUUUGCAAAAAGAAACAAAUAUCCACGUUUGACUUCUUGCACACAUUUGUUUUCUUUUGUGCCUUGUCUCUCGCUCAAUUUUUUACUUGUUUGUAUGAAAAAUGUUACUUUUGACUUGUGUUUAUCUGUGCCAUCACCAGACUGACUUGAAUUUUCAUUCAUAAUAUUAUCUGAAAUAUAUAUGUGCUGUAAGUCUA